ACGAGUGAAAAUGAGACGGAAGUGCGGCUGAGUUCCAAAUCGCGUUGUUGCAGUUUUUAGAACACUUUUUUUUUUUAGAACUUAGAAUUUAUUUCAUACACGGAAAUCUACACUUGUAUAGGGAGCAAAGAGUGAUUUAGGACUCAAUCCGAGUCGGAAGCUUUGUUCUUGUUCCUGAUCAGAGGUGACUGAUUAGACAUGUCCGAAAGAAAAGUCUUAAAUAAAUACUAUCCCCCGGAUUUUGAUCCAUCCAAAAUCCCUAAACUGAAGCUCCCUAAAGAUCGUCAGUAUGUGGUUAGAUUGAUGGCCCCGUUUAACAUGAGGUGCAAGACAUGUGGAGAGUACAUAUACAAAGGGAAGAAGUUUAAUGCUCGCAAAGAGACGGUGCAGAAUGAGCUAUAUCUGGGGCUGCCCAUCUUCCGCUUUUAUAUUAAAUGCACAAGAUGUCUGGCAGAAAUCACCUUUAAGACCGACCCAGAAAACACCGAUUACGCUAUGGAACAUGGUGCAACAAGAAACUUUCAAGCUGAGAAGCUCAUCGAAGAAGAAGAGGAGAACAUCCAGAGGAAGCGAGAGGAGGAGGAGUUAAAUAAUCCUAUGAAGGUUUUGGAGAACCGCACACGGGACUCAAAGAUGGAGAUGGAAGUUCUGGAGAACCUGCAGGAGUUGAAGGACCUGAAUCAGCGGCAGGCUCAGGUAGAUUUCGAGUCCAUGCUGCAGCAGCACAGGGAGCUGGAGAAGAGACUGAAGGAGAAGGAGCAGGAGGAGGACGAAAGAGAAACCAAAGAAAUGCUGGACAGGGUGUUGGUGAAAAGGCUGAGGGAUUCGGACUCGGACUCUGAUCAGGAGCAAGAGCAGCAGAAAAGACAUGCUCCUGAGAAGCCCACAGACAUCCUGACGACAGGCAAAGAAACUGAUAGAAAGGGUGACGCUUUGUUUGGAGUAAAGCAUCAGAAAGUGGAAAGGUGGGAAGAGAGCGUGGGCCUGUUGGGAGGAAGACGUGCACUUGGGUCACUAGUAGUGAGGAAGAAGCCUGCAGCAACAGUUACAGCACAGCAGCCUGCACCUAGGACUCAGAAUGAUGCAGAUGGAAAUCCUGCUAAAGCAACUGCCACUGCAAACAGCAGCAAAGCACCUCCAGUUCAGAAUGGUUCCUCUCUCAGCCUGCUGGUGGUGUACUCGGACAGCGACGAAAGCAACUCCGACUAGUCCUGUCAUGGUGACGGAAACCAUGUCUGAUGUUACGAGACAACACGUGCAGGAACUGUCUCAAAAAAUACAUUCACAGACUGCUGUUUUUAGAUUGAUUUCCAGUGGUACUUGCUGGAAAUGUUUUUUUUUUUCUUUUCCUCCAAAUAUCAUACGCAAUUGCAUCACUCUGACUGUUGUAUAUUUUUCGUUUGUUUUUGAUUGAUUUGCUUUUAAAGUAUAGAUAACCAUUCUCGCGUGUUUGGCCCAUGUUUCAGCUUCUGAGGAGUAAAUGUAAAAAGCUUGAACAGUAGGUGUUUAGUAAAUUACCUUCCUGAUGUAUUGAUCAUAAGAUUGAGUUCAAAUACCAGAGAUACCAUGGAGCUUUGAACAAGGUCCUUACUGGUCCUGACCUGCUCAGCUGUAUAUUCGUCCUGUAAGUCAUUUUGGAUGAAAGCAUUUGCCCUAUGAUUAAAUGUUCAUGUCAAUAAUUCAUGACAAAAGAAUGUAGGUGUCCUCCUAUAAAAUGUCACCAGUCUUUUUUGCUCCCGACACAGCGCCAUCUUUUGUUGUAUAUCCCAUGUUUCAAAGGUUAAUAUCAGCUCUACUUUGUUGCGUAAUGUUGUAGUUGAUGUGUGUUGCUUUAUUGCACAACAGGAUUAUGCUUCUAUUGUGCUGCAUAAAUCAUAAAAUAUCCCAUUAUAAUUUAUUUGACCUUAUUUAACAUGUGGGUGGGUUUCUGCUGGGUUCUUGGGUUUAAAAACGUGCCCAGGGUGGAUUGGCUAUACUAAAUUGCUUGUAGAUGUAAAUGGUGUGUAUCCAGGGUGUAUUCGAAUGAAUGAAAUUAAAUCACUUUACACUAUA